GCCAGCGGGAACAUGCAGUGCCUGCUGGCCUUCUGCACGGGCUUGCUGGGCGCCGUGGUGGGGGCCAAUUUCCCCAACAACAUCCAGAUCGGGGGGCUGUUCCCCAGCCAGCAGUCCCAGGAGCAUGCGGCCUUCAGAUUCGCCCUCUCGCAGCUCUCCGAGCCCCCCAAGCUGCUCCCCCAGAUCGACAUCGUGAACAUCAGCGACAGCUUCGAGAUGACCUACAGAUUCUGCUCGCAGUUCUCCAAGGGCGUGUACGCCAUCUUCGGCUUCUACGAGCGCCGCACGGUGAACAUGCUGACGUCCUUCUGCGGGGCCCUGCACGUGUGCUUCAUCACGCCCAGCUUCCCCGUGGACACGUCCAACCAGUUUGUGCUGCAGCUGCGCCCGGAGCUGCACGGGGCCCUCAUCAGCACCCUGGACCACUACAAGUGGCAGAAGUUCGUCUACAUCUACGACGCCGACCGAGGCCUCUCCGUCCUGCAGAAGGUCCUGGACACGGCCGCCGAGAAGAACUGGCAGGUGACGGCCGUGAACGUCCUGACGACCACGGAGGAGGGCUACCGGACGCUCUUCCAGGACCUGGAGAAGAAGAAGGAGCGGCUGGUGGUGGUCGACUGCGAGUCCGAGCGCCUCAGUGCCAUCCUGGGCCAGAUCGUGAAGAUGGAGAAGAACGGUAUCGGCUACCACUACAUCCUCGCCAACCUGGGCUUCAUGGACAUGGACCUGAGCAGGUUCAAGGAAAGUGGGGCCAACGUGACGGGCUUCCAGCUGGUCAACUACACGGACACGGUGCCUGCCCGCAUCAUGCAGCAAUGGAAGAGCAGUGAUGCCCGCGACCACACGCGUGUGGACUGGAAGAGGCCCAAGUAUACGUCCGCGCUGACCUACGACGGGGUGAAGGUGAUGGCCGAGGCCUUCCAGAGCCUGCGCCGGCAGCGGAUAGACAUCUCCCGGAGGGGCAACGCAGGGGACUGCCUGGCCAACCCCGCCGUGCCCUGGGGCCAGGGCAUCGACAUCCAGAGGGCACUGCAGCAGGUGCGGUUCGAGGGGCUGACGGGGAACGUGCAGUUCAAUGAGAAGGGCCGGCGCACCAACUACACCCUGCAUGUCAUCGAGAUGCGGCACGACGGGGUCCGGAAGAUCGGCUACUGGAACGAGGACGACAAGUUCGUCCCUGCAGCCACCGAUGCCCAGGCCGGCGGGGACAACUCGAGCGUCCAGAACAGGACGUACAUCGUGACCACCAUCCUAGAGGACCCUUACGUCAUGCUCAAGAAGAACGCCAACCAGUUCGAGGGCAACGACCGCUACGAGGGCUACUGCGUGGAGCUGGCGGCCGAGAUCGCCAAGCACGUGGGCUACUCCUACCGGCUGGAGAUCGUCAGCGACGGCAAGUACGGCGCCCGCGACCCGGACACCAAGGCCUGGAACGGCAUGGUGGGCGAGCUGGUGUACGGGAGGGCGGACGUGGCGGUGGCCCCGCUGACCAUCACGCUGGUGCGCGAGGAGGUGAUCGACUUCUCCAAGCCCUUCAUGAGCUUGGGCAUCUCCAUCAUGAUCAAGAAGCCGCAGAAGUCCAAGCCCGGCGUCUUCUCCUUCCUGGACCCGCUGGCCUACGAGAUCUGGAUGUGCAUCGUCUUCGCCUACAUCGGCGUGAGCGUGGUCCUCUUCCUGGUCAGCCGCUUCAGCCCCUACGAGUGGCACAACGAGGAGCUGGAGGAGGGCCGGGAGCCCGCGGCCGGCGACCAGUCCAACGAGUUCGGGAUCUUCAACAGCCUGUGGUUCUCGCUGGGCGCCUUCAUGCAGCAGGGCUGCGACAUCUCCCCCAGGUCCCUGUCUGGUCGCAUCGUGGGCGGCGUCUGGUGGUUCUUCACCCUCAUCAUCAUCAGCUCGUACACGGCCAACCUGGCGGCCUUCCUGACAGUGGAGCGCAUGGUGUCCCCCAUCGAGAGCGCCGAGGACCUGGCCAAGCAGACGGAGAUCGCCUACGGCACGCUGGAGGCCGGCUCCACCAAGGAGUUCUUCCGGAGGUCCAAGAUCGCCGUGUUCGAGAAGAUGUGGACGUACAUGAAGUCGGCCGAGCCGUCCGUGUUCGUGCGCACCACAGAGGAGGGCAUGAUCCGGGUGCGCAAGUCCAAGGGCAAGUACGCGUACCUGCUGGAGUCCACCAUGAACGAGUACAUCGAGCAGCGCCGGCCCUGCGACACCAUGAAGGUGGGCGGCAACCUGGACUCCAAGGGCUACGGCAUCGCCACGCCCAAGGGCUCGGCCCUCAGAAACCCAGUAAACCUGGCAGUGUUAAAACUGAACGAGCAGGGGCUACUGGACAAAUUGAAAAACAAAUGGUGGUACGACAAGGGCGAGUGCGGCAGCGGGGGCGGUGAUUCCAAGGACAAGACCAGCGCCCUGAGCCUCAGCAACGUGGCCGGCGUCUUCUACAUCCUCAUCGGGGGCCUCGGCCUGGCCAUGCUGGUCGCCCUGGUGGAGUUCUGCUACAAAUCCCGCAGCGAGUCCAAGCGCAUGAAGGGCUUCUGCUUGAUCCCGCAGCAGCCCCUCAGCGAGACCAUCCGGACGUCCACGCUCCCGCGGAACAGCGGCUCAGGGGCCGGCGGCGGCGAGAACGGCCGCGUGGGCAGCCACGACUUCCCCAAGUCCGUGCCCUCCGUGCCCUGCAUGAGCCACACUUCAGGGAUGCCCUUGGGGGCCACGGGGCUGUAGCCGAGCCCACCACAC